CACGAGUCGGCUCUGGACACUAAUUAUCGAGUAUCUUCUGAGAGUACUUGACCCGGGCUGGCAGUUGUCGUAGUAAAUUCGGAGUAACCCGAUACUCGAUUAAUCAACAACAAACUCAUUCGGGCUUAUGACUGGUCACUGCACCUGUCAGUGACGUUGAAGCGAAAGACUAGUUCAGUUUCUUCGACACGAGUCAGGGAUUAUUAUGUCGUGGCUCGGCAUCUUUGGACACAGGAAACGCGUUCAUUUGUAAAAGAAGUUCAGAUCUGCGAUUCUCAGCUACUGGAUCAUCAAUGUGUAGCGCUGCGCCCACAAAGCGCCCACUCUGCUAGGCCAUCAUGCUUCCAUAAUACUCUGUUUUGAGUAAUUUGGGUGGAUCCAAGGUUGCUGUGUACACGAGGUGCGAGGCGCUCGAGCUCCUUGUUUCUUACCCACUAUGUCGUGCCAAUAUCAUCUCCAAGGUCGCUGUCGCUACGGAGUUAAAUGCAAGCUCAGCCACGAAAUUCAGGGUAGCCCAUCAGCGCGCCCUCAGCGUGUUGAAGGUACUGAGUCGAGCCAUACUGUCAACCGCCCACCCAACCACAAAGGUCGUCGUCAGCACAAAGGCCAGCAGAAUUAUGGCAAUCCUAGGGCAGCUGAGUUACAAGUGCAGCGCACCAUCUCUCACAGGCCUGCCUCGGAAAAAUCCGGCCAUGCGUUUGUUGGGCCAUCCCGAGGUUCCAAGGGUGGCGAAGUGUGUCGCGCUUGGAAGGCCGGGGCGUGCGCAAGGGGCGCCAAAUGCCGCUUUCCGCAUAGUAUCGAAGAACAUGUUGAAGUAGAUGUUCAUCGUGAACAAAUUGAAGCAGAAGCCAAGUUAGCCACCCAGACUCGUGCAGCCGAGAUUGCCAAAGAAGCUGCUGCGAAGACGGUCCAGAGCGUUGUUCUUGGGUCCAUCGUGACCUUCGGCGCAGGCCUUGAAUUAUCUCACCUGAUCACCGGGUUCGAGUGUUGCACCUUGCGUAUUGCAAAUCUGCCUCCCAAUGUGCGGGAAGACGAAAUCAAUGCGCUGUUCACAGACAGAGGCCUUGAUCGAGAGCGCUUCCACCUUGUCAGCAUCAAGCCCAUGCCAAGUGGUGGAAAGCUGAGCGCUGAAAUUAUCACAGACGCUGAGUCCGGGCAAGCGCUCUCGCUUGACCUCGGCGGUCUCGAAUUUAGGGACGAAGUUCUGACUCUCGAAGUAUCAGGCUACAACAGUCCCGGAAGUAUGUCUGCGGCGACUGAACGUGACAGUGAUGUCCUUACGAUAUCUUGGCGUGUCCCUUCCGUGCGCUAUGUCGCAGAGUACGACGUUACGGUCAACACUACUGCGAAAGCACAGGAGCUGAACCACCGGAUGUGCUCUGGGCGCCGGGUCAAAGCCGAGGUUAACGCCAUGCCACCUGGGCGCUUCGUACCAAAUUUCCACGACAAUUCAGUCAAGAUCAGCUUUCUGCCGCCGACUGUCUCUGACGAAGAAGUUAGAGCAUUUUCUGGCUCAGAUGUUGUCAGGCGGUUGGCGAUGAAGGGCGUGGUUUUCAGCGACGACAUCGGUCAUAUCAUUACCACUUUGGGAGAUGAUAUGGAGUGCAUCUCUCCUGGAACUCUGAGGUCGCUGGAGCCGCGGCUGCCGACUCCUAGUCCGGAUGGUAUCGUUCUCGUUCGUGCACGGUUUUCUUCUUGGGAUGACGCGCACACGGUGCAUACCCGUCUCAUUAACCAUCGCAUCGGGAACGUGUCCUUCUGGUUCCGACUCCCGAAUCCUACACAGUACUCGAUUACGAUCUCCGCUGAGCAAUUCCGCGCGCAAAAGUCUUUGUGGGAUGCCUUAAUCAAUGGCAUCAAGGACAAGCGUGCAUGUAUGUUACACGUUCAUGAGCAGGGCCCUGUUGUUCGGAUGCGCCUGUCUGGCUCCAAGAAAGAGGCCAUAGGCGCACUUAAAGUUAGAGCGGAAAGCCUGAUUGCAGGUGAGAAGGUGGAAGGGUGGCACAUGACACUAGGAUAUCCAAACAACAAGUUCGCGCGUUCGGUUUUUAACGACACGGGCGCAUUUCUACGUGCGGAUUGGAGACGACAGGUUUUGAAAGUUUACGGAGAGCCAAAAGCUGUUGAACAGGCUCGUGAGCUGAUCAAGGCCGAACUGGACCAACUCUCGUCCUUGGAGUAUGCCAAAGUACUCGCGAGGCAGUCCGUUCGAUUUUUUGUCGAACGUGGAAUCCCAGAGCUGAAGGAAACCUUUGGAGAAGAUAACGUUAAAUUCGUUAUAUCUGCACGAAGGAUCACGAUCUGUGGUGGCGAGGAGGCUCGACACGCCCUCGAGCGUUUGAUUCAUGACUCGCUCAGUGGACCCCAGAUCCUCCCAGACCCGUCAGGACAGCAAUCCUGCCCGAUUUGCUAUGACAACAUCUCUUCCCCACUUCGUCUUGGCUGUGGGCACAUCUACUGUGCCACGUGCAUGCGUCAUUUCUUGACGUCCGCUUUGGACUCGGGCCAGUUUCCGCUCACCUGCCUCGGUGAUGAGUACCAGUGUAAAGUUCCCAUUCCUAUCCCCACUAUCCAACAAUUUCUCCCUCUAACUUCCUUCAACCGCCUGCUAGAAUUAGCAUUCAACGCGCAUAUAUCUCGGCAUCCACAGGAAUUCAAAUACUGCAAGACACCAGACUGCAAUCAGAUCUACCGCUCCACCGACCCCAACACUACGACCGUGGGCCAGUGCCCGUCAUGUUUUUCAAACAUCUGUACAUCGUGCCACGAGGACGUCCACGAUGGCAUGAGCUGCGCUGAGUACAAGAAAACUGGACGCCUGGCUGAGGAGGAACGACAAACGGAAGCAUGGAUCGCAGCUCAGGGCGGGCGCGUGAAGAAAUGCCCACGUUGUCCAGCGCUGAUCGAGAAAGUGGAUGGUUGCAAUCAUAUGACUUGCCAAAUGUGCCAUAACCAUAUUUGCUGGCGAUGCAUGGGCGUCUUCGCCGCUGAUACCAUCUACCCUCAUAUGCGCAGUGUUCACGGCGCGAUCUACGACGAGAAUCCCGUUGAAGAACAGGUCAAUGUACAUGAACAGCAGUGGCUGUUUGGGUUGGCAGCGCAGCAACGUCAGCAGGAGGUACAGCUGCGCAACUGGCGGCUCGAGCAAGAGCGAUUGGAAGAGAGGCGAAGGAGAGAGAACGAGGACGCAGCGACACGGCAGGCAGCAGUGGUGGCUAGGCGAUUGGCAGACGCACGGAUAGAUACAGCGAGACUGGAACAGGCGAGGCGAGACAUAGAUGCGAGAGAACAAGCAAGACGACAGGCUGGUUUGCAAGACUAUCGUCAACAAGUACGUCAGCAGCAGGAGAGAGCGAGGGCUCAAGCACAGCAGCAGGAGAGAGCGAGGGCUCAAGCACAGCAAGAGGAACGACCGGGCUGGGGUUGUGCCAUCAUGUAACAAUCGUGAAACGCAUAGGGGAUGUUUCCAGUCAAGAUUCUCAUUACACAGGACGAUAAGUGCCAAGCAACAGCUAAAGUACAGAUACAUGAUGUAGAUAUGAUGUAGAAUAAAUAUACAAAGUCGAACGCAAAUUCGAACGCAAAUACAAGCAAAGCAAGAUCGUGGACUUCCACUCU